CGCCGCGGCCCCGGAAGCGCCUCGUCCAGGGCGGCGGUGGCGGCGGUCGCCGUGAUGCCUGCGGGGCUGGGCGGCUGACCGCGGGGUUGGUGCGGGCCCGGUGCCCAGAGUCUCGGCGGCCGCUGCUCGAGUGUGGCCUGGGCCAUGGCCACCUCCGCCACCUCCUCGGAACAUUUCGAAAAACUGCACGAGAUCUUCCGCGGCCUCCAUGAAGACCUGCGAGGGGUGCCGGAGCGGCUCCUGGGGACGGCAGGGACAGAAGAGAAGAAGAAGUUGAUCAGAGAUUUUGAUGAAAAGCAACAGGAAGCAAAUGAAACGCUGGCAGAGAUGGAAGAGGAACUACGUUAUGCGCCCCUAUCUUUCCGUAACCCUAUGAUGUCUAAGCUUCGAACCUACCGGAAGGACCUUGCCAAACUCCACCGGGAAGUGAGAAGCACACCUUUGACAGCUACACCUGGGGGCCGAGGAGACAUGAAAUAUGGCACAUAUGCUGUAGAGAAUGAGCACAUGAAUCGGCUGCAGUCUCAAAGGGCAUUACUUCUGCAAGGCACUGAUAGCCUGAACCGGGCCACCCAGAGUAUUGAGCGCUCUCAUCGGAUUGCCACAGAGACUGACCAGAUUGGCUCAGAAAUCAUAGAAGAGCUGGGGGAGCAACGUGACCAGUUGGAACGUACCAAGAGUAGACUGGUAAACACAAGUGAAAACUUGAGCAAAAGUCGAAAGAUUCUCCGUUCAAUGUCCAGAAAAGUGACGACCAACAAGCUGCUACUUUCCAUCAUCAUCUUACUGGAGCUAGCCAUCCUGGGAGGCCUGGUUUAUUACAAAUUCUUUCGGAAGCAUUGAACUUCAUCCAGGGAAGGCUUUGUGGACUAGAACUUCAACCCUGUGAAUGAAUGGCGUUAAGACAUGGAAUAAAGCGUAUUGCUGCUGUGAGCUGACAGUUCAAGGAUGCACUGCGUGGCCAGACUGUGGGAGGAGGGAGGGAAGACCGAAAACCACUUAAGUGUGAAGGAACAGCAACACGACCAGUAUGCUCUACCAAGGUAA